CUUCACAAUUAAAAUUCACAAGCUCUUUAUUUCAUAUCCCCUUGUUGUUUAGAGAUUGAAAGAGAGAAAAAUGGAUAAGGUAAUUAGUGGCCACCAAAAAAGAUGGUCUCUCCACGGAAAGACUGCUCUCGUCACCGGCGGCACCAAAGGACUUGGAUAUGCAAUUGUGGAGGAAUUGGCAGGCUUCGGAGCAACGGUACACACAUGUUCAAGGAAUGAAGCUGAGCUUAAGGAGUGUUUGGAUGAUUGGAAAAUGAAGGGAUUUCAAGUGACUGGUUCUGUUUGCGAUGUAACUUCCCGAUCACAAAGAGAAAGACUAAUCGAGACUGUCUCCUCUCAGUUUGAUGCCAAACUCGAUAUUCUUAUAAAUAAUGUGGGAACGAACAUUAAAAAACCAACCCUGGAAUUUACAGCAGAAGACUACUCAUUUUUAAUGAGUACAAAUCUUGAAUCUGCUUACCAUUUUUCUCAGCUUGCACAUCCUCUUCUUCAUAAUUCAGGAGCAGGAAGCAUCAUUUUCAUGUCCUCUGUUGCCGGAGUAGUGUCUGUGGCCGUUGGAUCCAUCUAUGGAGCUACUAAAGGGGCAAUAGUUCAGCUGACGAAGAACUUGGCAUGCGAGUGGGCAAAAGACAAUAUAAGAAUUAACUGUAUUGCACCUGCUUUCAUCGCAACCCCACUUGCUGAACCUUAUUUACAGGAUGAGAAGAUGUCGGAGACUAUAAAAACUAGAACUCCGAUGGGACGAGCCGGAAAACCAGAGGAGGUUUCAGGACUGGUAGCAUUUUUAUGCCUACCAGCUGCCUCUUACAUUACUGGUCAAACAAUUUGUAUUGAUGGAGGAGUCACUGUCAAUGGCUUUUACUUCGGUUGAUUCUUUAAUUGUGUGCUACGAUUUGUGGUCACAAUGAUAUUAUAUUAUUAUGUAUGAAACAUUAUGCAAUGGAAGUGCUUAAGUUAAAAAGAAUAAAGAUGGAUGAGGCGUUCUUACCACUUGAUCUAA